CCACAAACUGCGCUCAAAAUAUUUCACGUUCGAAGAAACCAACUUGCGUCUGACCUGCAUCUGAAGCAGCAUGGGUCAGCCCCACCUCUCCGAACUCGACGUCGGGCACCAGACACGCUCGCGGCGUCUUGACCGAAACCUAACGAGAGUGGUUCUGGAGAGACGAGAUUGGUUCCUUGGAGCUCGUUUAAAUCUUGAUAAGCCGUCAAACGGCGGCGGCGGCGGCGGCGGGCAUUUGGGCGGGCUCGCAGCGAGAGCAGAUGCACGCUGCAGAUCGAUCUCAUCACACGUCAACCAGGCCCCUCCAACAGCGGCUCGUCAUGAGCCGUCUCGCCCAACCGCCGAGGCACUUGGAUCUGCUAGAUCGAUCUGUUUGGUUAUUGGGCAUAUUGUGUUUGCGGGGCACCACCCCCUCUAGUUUCGAGCCUGGUGACUGGUUCGCCAGAUCAUCCAGAUUUUCCCUCCACGAUCUAUCGUGGAUGCAUCAUGCGUUUCCGAGUUUCAAGGUAGUACUGAACCCGUACAGAUAUAGCUCGCAGGAUCGCUGCUCCGUUGUGCGCCACCACCUGCACCAAAGACUGACGCCAGGCCGUAUUUUGUCGACAAAAAAAUACGUCUGUUGUCGCCUACGCACUAGUCUGUUUGGGUGGAGUUUCCUCCCAGCAUCUGCAAUUUCGUAUAGCCACGACUUGUCGGAGUUGAAGGGGCAGCGGAGUGCACGUGGUCUUUGCGAAGGGGGUAUCCUUGAUCAUGUUCUUUUCCAUGUUCUUUUCCAUGUAUUAAACGCCAAACUAGCUGGAUGUGGGCGGCAUGGUCCUUUUUUUAGAGGUCUCGGCCCUGCUGUGCUCACGUCAACUUUCUGACGAGCAUUCGCCUCGCGGUUACGAGGUUCUACAAAGUGUCGUUGUGAGACUCGAACAGGCAAAUCCCAUGCGGAGAGUUCACAGCUGGGGCGGGGAUUGGCUAUCUCAAUCGCUGGUUGUCUGGCUGAGUGCGGCUGCUGUGACAGGCAGCAAUCCAUGUUGUGCCCUUCAAAUAUGCCGUAGAUGUGAUAAGAGCGACCAUCUGUGUUAUCGUCUUCCUAGAAUUACUCCGUAGAAGCUUGGCAGUUGGUCCGGGGAGCCCGGCUAGCACGUCAGGGACCG